AGCAUCUUAUGAACACUAGUUCUGUACACUGUUCACGUUGUGAUCAAAAUAGACGUCGUCCCGAGCCGCAGGUCUUUAUUUACUGCAUGAUGUCGUCUCAGUCUCCGCCUCAAACGGACGGCAUGGGAGGCCACCUGGACUCUUGCACUUGUUCUGACUGCCUGGAGGAUCUGACGGCCCUUGCGGAACGGAUAACCGCCAACCACCUCGCCAACGUCAGCAGAACCGCUCACAGGUGUCGAGAACAGGUAGAAGACCUGGACUCGUUUUCCGACUUCCCGAGCCCGAAGGACGCGAAGGUGGUCCAGAUGGUCACGGAGAAAACCAUGAAGCCAGCCGUGGAGAUAUUGCUAGCGAUCGUACACAGAGCCAACACGAAAAACACCGCCAUACACAGGAGGUGUAGGAAAGAGCAGAACUUAACCUUCGCGAGGUACCAGCUCGGAGGCGUCCCCGUGUGUGCUCUGUCCACUUUCUUCUGUAACAUCUGCAUGUACGAACCCGCGCUGGCGAAGAUGGGCGAGUUCGUCCCCCAGCUGCUCAGUCUGUACCAGAUCAUGCUGACCGCCGCGUUGGAGCACCCGGAGCUUACAGAGCUGAACCAGCGCUGCUUGUUUAGCGCCAACUACGAGAGUGGCGAGCGCAGCGACAGCAGUAGUAGUAGUAGUGAUGACGAUGACGACAGCGGCGACCUGGCCGACUUCGUGCCGUGGUUGGUUCUGUGGGGCGUCCACAACUCGCUGAUGACCAUGAAGACCCGGCGUGUGCUGGCCAUGCUCGGGGAGGGUCACCCCAAACUGCCGUCAUUCGGGCACCUGCUCAUACAGAUGCUGAAGAAGGACAACGUCGUCACGACCUGGUUCGGUUUGAGAAUGGCCCUGUACGUAGCGGAGGUUGGCGGGCCGGACUGUGUCGCCAAGCUGGCGGCGCUCGGCAUGAAGGAGGCGGUCCAAACCAUCCUGGACAAGGCUCGCAGCUACUGGCAGGAAAACACGGGAUUAAAGCACAAGGAAUCUGACUUCGUGAGCUGCCUACUCCGUCAUGCCUCCCUGGUGGCCUGGGAGCUACAGGAGCCCGGCAAGGUCGACUACUACAAGUCUCAGACCCGGCUGGACCGACUGGCGACCAAGCACGACCACGACGACUGUAUCUUCUCUCCGCUAAUGCUCAGAGAGGACGGACUGAACAUGGACGUGGUCUGCUCCUCUCCCAUCUGCCUCAACAGCGAGAGGGACGCGCCGGGAAGGUUCGGCGCAUGCGCUAGAUGCCGCAUGGCGCGCUACUGCAGUGUGGAGUGCCAGAGGAUCCACUGGUUCGACGGCCACAGGGAACUCUGCUGCAGCAGGAAGGAGAUUCUCGCAAGUUUCAGACAAACCACGAAGACCGCUGCUGACUCUAAACAUAGCUAAUAACCACAGGAUCCUGUGUAGUGCAUACACUG